AUAAUGGUCAGAAUAAAAGUUUGGCGGCGGCGGCGGCGCCCAAUGGCAACAGCGGCAGCAACUCCUGGGAGGAGGGCAGCUCGGGCUCGUCGAGCGACGAGGAGCACGGUGGCGGCGGCAUGCGGGUCGGACCCCAGUACCAGGCGUCGGUGCCUGACUUCGACCCGGCCAAACUGGCAAGGCGCAGUCAGGAACGAGACAAUCUCGGCAUGUUGGUCUGGUCGCCCAAUCAGAACCUGUCGGAGGCAAAACUGGACGAGUACAUCGCCAUCGCCAAGGAGAAGCACGGGUACAACAUGGAGCAGGCCCUUGGGAUGCUCUUUUGGCAUAAGCAUAACAUUGAAAAGUCACUGGCUGAUCUGCCCAACUUCACCCCCUUCCCAGAUGAGUGGACGGUGGAAGAUAAAGUCUUAUUUGAGCAAGCCUUUAGUUUUCAUGGGAAAACAUUUCAUAGAAUCCAACAAAUGCUUCCUGAUAAAUCUAUAGCAAGUCUGGUGAAAUUUUACUACUCUUGGAAGAAGACAAGAACUAAAACCAGCGUGAUGGAUCGCCAUGCUCGCAAGCAGAAGCGGGAGCGGGAGGAGAGUGAGGAUGAGCUGGAAGAGACAAACGGAAGUAAUCCCAUUGACAUGGAGGUUGAUCAAAACAAGGAAAGCAAAAAGGAGGUAUCUUCCCCUAGAACCGUUCAGGUGCCCCCUGCUGAGGCAGUUCCUCAGGUGAAAAAAGAGAAACACAGCACACAAGCUAAAAACAGAGCAAAGCGGAAACCUCCGAAAGGAAUGUUCCUUUCUCAAGAGGACGUGGAGGCUGUUUCUGCCAACGCCACUGCUGCUACCACGGUGCUGCGACAGCUGGACAUGGAGCUGGUCUCCAUCAAGCGACAGAUUCAAAAUAUUAAACAGACGAACAGUGCUCUCAAAGAAAAACUUGAUGGUGGGAUAGAACCAUACCGACUGCCAGAGGUCAUUCAGAAGUGCAAUGCGCGCUGGACCACGGAAGAGCAGCUUCUCGCCGUGCAAGCCAUCAGGAAAUACGGCCGAGAUUUUCAAGCAAUCUCAGAUGUCAUUGGGAACAAGUCAGUGGUGCAGGUCAAGAACUUCUUUGUCAAUUACCGGCGCCGCUUCAACAUAGAUGAAGUGUUACAAGAAUGGGAGGCGGAGCACGGUAAAGAAGAGACCAACGGGCCCAGUAGCCAGAAGCCAGUCAAGUCCCCAGACGGUUCCAUCAAGAUGCCUGAAGAGGAGGACGAGGCUGCCUCUGUCCUUGAUGUCAGAUACGCGUCCGCCUCAUGAGAAUGCUGGUAGCUGUGAACACUUGGUGUGGACUACGUGUUACCCAGGAUAUCAGGUAUUACGAGACAUCACCUAGCCAUCUGCAUCACAUCUCUGUGGACAAGCAGCUAUUACCAAAAAGGCAUACACUUCCGGUCCUGUGCUCCAUCUGCCUUAAUUCUUUGCUCGUUCCUCCAUGUUGGCACCACUUCCCAGAGAGCUCUGUUGCAUCUCUCACUCUGCCUCAGUGCUGGGGAGCCCACGCCUGCACCCCCUCAACUCUGGGACCCGCCCCCGACUUGGAGCCCCGUGCCCCACCCAUGGCAGCUCUUCCCGUCAGCAGCUUCAGAACAGGUAGUCUCAGAAGGCCCUACUCUGUUCCUGCAUGGCCUGCGAUUUCUACUUGUGCAUAAUGUAACUUUCAGAAUAACUGAUUGUGGUUCUUUCCCGGGGCAGCCACCUAAGUAACAUCGUCGUCUUUGGAAGUCACAACACAGUGGCAGACUGCAUUGUAACCUUACUGUGCCAAGCACCCUGGUGCAACUCACAGUUCCCCACGUGUGAGGUGGAAUUACUCGUAAAUUGGGUUGGCCUAAAUCUCUCCCCUCUCUCCUUUCCCAAGUGUUUAAAGGCUCCUUCUCAGCAACUGUCCUUGGACACUGUAGCUUACAGGGAAUGUUGGACCUCAACGCUUCUGCCUUCAACCUCAGCACUGUAGUCCCAGGGUGGGUGCCCCCAUCUUCUCCCAAUCCCUGACCACCACUCGCACCGCCCAGCUCCGAGAGAUUCGGUCCCUAUCACUGUACCUGGUGCUUGUCCAUUCGGAAUUGGUGCCUUCUCCUCUUGGCGACCAUGUUACCGAUCCCUUUUCUGUUCAAGUGUCUUAUUUAAAGUUUAUUGCUUGCCAAAGAUGACAUCAUCGAGAUAGACAGGGGGCGCUUCCCCUGGCUCCAGCAGUGCAGAUGUGAGACGCAAGCUUAGCGCCUACAGGGGUGAGAAUAGCUGGUGGUGGGUUCCUGGGAGCAACACACCCUCGUUCCUGUCCUCUUGGUGUGCCUGACCCGCUGCGCAUCAAUCCACGCAUCCCUUUAUGUCCUUCUAGUGCUGAUGUGAUAACACAGGUACCAUCCCCUCUCUGAAGCAGAGUCCAGGACAGAGAAGUGGUUGGUGUGUUGGUCUAGUGAGCCAGGAUGAGAAGGCGCCAUUUGCAGAGUGGCCUGCCAGGCCUCUCGGUUGGACUGGGAACAAGCGGGCUUUCUAAUCAGUGUGCUGAGCUCACCCGAGUCACUGCUUCUCCCGCCGGACCUGGGCCCGUGAGGCCGAGGUGUGGGGCCGCGCCGCGCCUGGCGCCGCACACAGCACGUGCACUGAAGAUGUGGGAGGAGCUUCGGGUGUCGUUCGCAUCAUUGGAAUUUUAUUUUCCUGCUUUUAAUACCAAAAAGAAAAAAUGCAGAUGCUUUAAGGCAUAGACAGAAUUGUUAAGGAUUUUAAAUAUGCAAUUAGAAAUUUGAUGUUUUGACUCCCAAGCACCUUGCUUUUUUUUUCUUUUUUCUUUUUUGUGUGUGUCAGCUGAUUUGCUCUUUAGAAAGAGGUUCAGCUAGGACCCUAGGUUUGGGGUUUGUACAUUUUGUUUUAGACGUCUGGGGAACGGUCAUUCCAAAGGGGAGUACAGGGACUUCCCUCAUCUUGUCCCACACAGCGUGUCCACCAGCCAAGGAAAGCCUGCUGUUCCCACCUACAGAGAGGUAGCAAAGUGACGUCAGCGCUGGGCAGUUUUCUUUUGUUACCAUAAGCCUGCCGUGUGACAGGGUCGGUGGGAAAGUGCAGGGCAGAGCUGGCUCACGGGCACUGAGGCCCUCACUCGGGCUUCCAUCCUCCUGGCAGGACUUGCACCCUUGGCCCUGGCGGCAGCAGUGGUAGGCAGCUGCCAUGAUGGCUGUUUUGCGCUGCCCUGCCCUGCCCUGCCGAUGGUUCUCUUUCUUGAUGCCCACCCGUUUCUUUAAACGUGAGCCCUCAGGCAAAGCCUAGAAGUGAUGCUCAUCUGCAGGUGGCGUGGUGCUGGGCCCCAGUCUGCUCUGCGUUGGCCGCCUCCGUCCCUGGCACAGGGCAUCCCCCAGCCCUGACGGUCACAUGCGGUGUCCUGAGGUUCACAGCCACUCAGUCCGAGCUUGCUCUGCAGCGUGGCAGAGGGGAGCAGUGGUCUGCAUGGCGGCCCUUGCUGUAGGUUGUGCAUCUGGUAGCACUGUACUGUAAAUGCUGUUCAUUACACUCUUGGCAAUUAUGUAAAUGCAAGAAGUCACUUUGCUUCCAAAGCCAGGUGAUGAGUCCUCUGACCUUACUUAUGUGACGACUCUAACAUAUCAAGAAUCGGUGCGUCGGUGGGCGAGGUUUGGGGUGUGAUAACUGCUUCAGGUGGAAUGUCACUUAGCUUUGUGUUCUUAAAAAUUGUCAAUGUGAAUGUCAUAAUUAUAUAUAUUUUUGUGGAAAAAUUCUCCUAAGUAUAAGUUAUUGUGCAAAAUAUAGUAUCAUGGACACAAAAAUAGUUUAACUCUUAGUUUAGAAAUCCUAAAAGAUAUAAAUUGUAUUGAUAUGCAUUAAAAGUUUGUUUUAUUUAAUUUUAUGUAGAUGUGUAAGUGUUAGGUAAAACUCGUGUUCAUGUAUCCAUUAAACACCUCGUUACUUGAAUGCUGUCGGCUGGUCAGCAGCAGCGAUCGGCUCCCGGUGCGGCUCUCUGACCCCGCGCCCGCUGUGCCUCGGUCGCCUGGCUGAGCCCAGCCAGGCUGGGCAGGUGCUGGUGCGCAGGAGCACGAGGUUAGUGUGGCUCACCCAUCCUCCCUGCUGUCCCGGGCCCUCGGAGGACACCGCGUCCUCCAAGCAACUUCGCUAGUUUUAACCCAUAGGACCCGUGGACAGUCACAAGCCGCUAGUGAAAAA